AACAACACAUUGAUAAAACUCUUCCUCAUUACAACAACAAACAACAAACUCUUUUCUUCACUUUUUCUCUAUACAUCAUCUUAUCGACUUGUUUAUUUUACGGUUAAAUUAAAAGAAAUCAAAAGAUGGAAAUGCUAAGAAGCUUUAGCACAAGGACAAGAAGCCGCCGUGGAGGCUACGAGCGAGUAAGUGAUGAUUCAACUUUCAGUUUACUGGGAGCCAAGCUAAAGAGAUCGACGAGUGUUCCUUACUACGCUCCAUCUAUCAAGCUUGGUGCUGGUGGUGUUCCAGCCAUACUAGAGGAGCUUCCUCGUCAGAAAUCCAAGAAAGUCAAACCUCCAAGCAAAUUUAGCCACCCUAUCUUUAGCUUCUUAUACGGCAAGAAGAAGAAGCCAUCGACGACAAGGAAGCCUGAGUUUUCUAGGUAUCUUGAGUAUCUGAAAGAAGGUGGUAUGUGGGAUGCGAGAACUAAUGCGCCUAUUAUUUAUUACAAGUAGAUGAUGGGUUUAUGGAAAAUGAAAAAUCAAGAAAAAACUUUUCAAGUUUUUGUUUAAUUCAAAUGAGAGUUCUCCUUUAGUUUUGUAAUAAUAUUUGUAUUAUUGUAUAUUACAAUAUCGAUUCAUUAAUUUGUUGAUAAAAAUACAAGUGUUGGACACAAGAUUGUAUGGUUUGAGCAUAUUUGAUUUGAAUAUGAUUUUAUAGUUUCAAAACGAA